AUGGACGUUCAUAGAUGCCGUUUUGUGGACUACAAUCCGGCCGGAAUCACGGCGCUGGCGUUCAGCCGACGCUCCGAGCUGGACCAGAACGCCUCGCCGGACCUGAGACUGGCUGUGGGACGAGAUAAUGGAGAUAUCGAAAUUUGGAACCCCCGAUGGAACUGGCUCCAUGAGACGACUUUGCGGGGAGGAAAGGGCCGGUCUGUCGAGGGGCUGGCGUGGUCUGACUCGGGCGACUCUUCUGGCAAGCCGCGGCUGUUUUCCAUCGGAGGAUCGACCGCUAUCACCGAGUGGAACGUGUCCACGGGCCAGCCCAGAGUCAACUACGACUGCCACAGCGGUGUGAUCUGGUGCAUUGCCGUGAGCGACGACGGAACCAAGCUGGCUGCAGGCUGCGAAAACGGCUCCGUGGUGGUGGUGGAUCUGUCUGGAGGCCCUGGUGUGAUGGAGCAUUCGCGAGUCCUUCAGAGACACACCUGUCGAGUGCUCAGUUUGGCAUGGAGAGGCUCGCAGGUGGUGGGCGGCUGUUCGGACGCGCGGAUCCGGGUCUGGGACGAAGACGGAUCCACCAUUGCCACCAUGAAGGUCGACACUGCCAAGGGACCUGUGGCACAGGACGACGCUACUCUGGUGUGGACCGUGGCGGUUGUGAAGCGAGCCAAGGGCGAUCUGAUCGUUUCCGGCGACUCCACGGGCUCGGUCAAGUUCUGGGACUGCACGCACUUUGCUCUGAACCAGUCGUUCAAGACCCACGAAGCCGACAUUCUCUGUCUGGCAGUCGAUGCAGCCGGAGACGCUGUCUUUUCGGCGGGUGUCGACAAGACCAUCGCCUGCUACGAGUCUGUGGGCAAGCGAUGGAACCAGACCAACGUGCGGGGCUACAAUGCCCACGACGUGCGAGCUCUGGCUACUUACGAGGCCAAAAACCUGUCUCUUCUUGCAUCUGGAGGCGUGGAAAAGGUGCUUGUGGUUGCUUCCGUUAACGAGUUUGCUCAGGGCCCCUACCGAAAGUUCUCGGUGGCUCCCCCGCGAACCCAGACUCUCGUCUAUGGCUCGAUUGUGGCCAUGUGGAACGGUCAGACUGUCAAGCUGUGGAGACGCCUUGAGGGCGGCCAGAGAAGACUGGUGUGCAAACUGACCAUGUCUGCCGAUGACAACAUUUCUGACGUGGCCAUGUUUGGUUCUCUUCUGGCGGUGUCUUCUCUUCAGGAGACCAAACUUUUCGAGCUCGAGGAGGUGCUUUCUUCCAAGGGCCAUCCCGUUCUGAAACCCAACAAGUUGAUGGAUCUGGAGGGAGCCCACUUGACCGUCUUCUCGCCCGCUGGAGAGCUGCUGCUCAUUUCCUCCGAUUCCGUCAUUCUCAUUUCGCUUAACGAGGAGCUCGCACCUAUCGAAGAGCUGCAGGUUCCCGAGGCGGUGCUCAAGGGCAACCUCAUUGCCCACGGACACGAGACGGAAAUCGUCGCUGCUGCCUUUUCAGAUACACAUCUGGCUCUGUCGCGGCGAUCGGGUCACACGGAGAUUUUUGUGCGGGGCGACCGAGGCUUCAAACACGCUCGAACACUCAUGCGUCUGUCUGCUGCUCCCGCUACCGCGAUGGCCUUCACGGGCGCCAAGACACUGGUGGUGGCCACGGCCGACAACAAGGUGGUGGAGUUCGAUCUCGGCUCGGGUCUGCUGACCGAGUGGAGCCGAUCCAACCCCGAGAUUCCCGACCCCGUGGCUUCUUCGGUCGACCACUGCACAGGCAUGUUCCUGGACCCCAGUUCCAAGCACUCCCAGCGAGUGUGGAUGUGGGGAGCCACCUGGCUGGCGUUUGUUGACACCUCGACCAACAUUCCGGUCGAGCGAGUCCCUAAGCGACGUCUGGAUGGAGAGGAGACGGCCAAACCCGUCACUUCCGAAAACCAGACUACCACCGCCUUCUGGUCGACCAGCAAAUACAGACCAAUCAUCGGCGCGGAGAUUGUGGACGGCAACGAGCUCGUGGUGGUCGAGCGACCGGCGUUCGACAUUCCUCUGCCCGCAGCCUUCUGGUCCAAGAAGAAGAAGCGGGUUGAUUAG